GCCGAUACCCUGCCCCACACGCGCGCUCUUACGCCGAUAAAAUAAGAAUUAAGCAAAAACGGAUAGUUCGGCUCUCUUCUUGUGUACACCUCUGGGUGGUGACAUUUUUACGUUCGGACGCAUUUUGGAUAUCUUUUGUGUCUGCGAGUUCCGUUUUGACACAUCUUGGAUAUCUUUUAUUGUCAGUGAUUUGAUUUACCUCGGACCUGCCUUUGUGAAAAGUUCUGAUUUGGAGUACGAAUCGUAUUGUUGAGAAACAACAUUCUGUGAGGAGAGCAGCAGUUUCAUCUUGACUACAAGGAUGCGAAGUUGGAUUUAGCUAUGUGACCUUUCUUGUUCCGGACCUGUGGAAAGUUUGAACUCUUUUUUUCCCUCAUCGUUGUUAUCACAAAGGAUUUAAUCAUUGCUCAACACGCGGAUAUGGUGGCCACCUUCAACACCUCGGCCAUCUUGGUGGGCUCUCUCCUGGGUCUGCUCAUCUGUGUGCUGGUGGCGGCGGUAGUCUACACGCUCUGCCGCCGGAGGAAGAUGUUCGGGGACGAGGAGAAGGUCUUGCCCAAAGUCUAUCAGGUGAACGGUUUAACAGAGGAGAGCGAGAACGGCCACCUGUACUCCAACACUGGUCUGAGCGACAAGUCCUCUGUUGGAUCAGCUGGCAGCCUGUCAGGUCGUCAUGUCGGGGAUACGCCCAUCCUGGGGAAGAGAACAAUCAAGGAAAAGGGAGGAUUUUUAAAUGGGUUGUGGAAAAG